GAUUUCUUAUUGGCUCAACUUUAACUGCGUCUUCGUCCACGUUAUUACAGAGUCUUCCGUUUGAUCUCCAUUUCUUGGAGCUUGAAUCUAAUCAGUCAUGGCCGAGAUUGAGCUGAAAACAGCACCUGCUGACUUCCGAUUCCCUACUACAAAUCAAACCAGGCACUGUUUCACUCGUUACAUUGAGUUCCACAGGUGCCUGGCAGCAAAGGGUGAGGAAUCUGGUGAAUGUGAGAGAUUUGCAAAGUAUUAUCGUGCCCUUUGCCCUGGUGAAUGGGUCGAAAAAUGGAACGAGCAAAGAGAGAACGGCACAUUCCCUGGCCCUCUUUGAAGGAAUGUUCAUCACCUGGAAAGCACAGAUUGUGAAUUUAUGUUUGUUCCAAAGUUCUAUGAAGAAACUUUCCGAGUUCCAUAAUUUUUCCUCGCAUCUCAAAAAAUAAUAAAGGAUAGCAUUUUUCUUUCAAGUCUUCUGGAGUAGUUAUAACUCUCAAUUGUUGAUUGUGGACAAGGGUGAAUUGAUCCAAUGCAUUAUUCUCAUCAUUUGACUUCC